CUCGGUGUGAGAUACGAGGAGGAGAGAUUUAUCGAUAUUCUGCACCAAAUAAAUGUCACCUUUGGACAGCCAGUUGGAUUACCCGACAAUCCAGAUUGCUUUAAUUUACUGGAAGGAUCGGCGAAGAGGAUAGAGAAAGAUUUAACGUCAUAUUCAGCCGUAAAUCUUACUGGAGUAAACGAUGUUGGGUCAACGGUUUACCUUCCGUUCAGGUGAUUUAAGGUGCAGUCUGUGAAGUCUGCUGUCUUUGGUUCCCAGACCAUCAGUGUUAUGGCCCCAGCCCUGACCAGAAUCCUGAAAGAUGGCCAUGGGAUCCACCUGUCCUCACCUCCUGUCAGAAUGGACUCAGAAGGAAGAGCCAUGUGCAGCACUGAGUUGGAGUCUCAGAUGAGAUCAACAGAUGACGAUGACCUCCAGAAAAUGUGGCUGAACCUUUCCCCAUUUCCCUCUCUGGACUCCUCUCUCCCUCUGGGCCCCCUGGAUGUCCCUGACAACCCUGUGCUUUACCCAUGUCUGCAGGCGUCUGCCAGCCAGUGUGAGACAGUGCUGGUCCCCAGCCCUGCUUCGCUCCUCAGCCUCGUCUCCUUCAAUAAAGGCCUCAGAGAUUCUCAUCAGGUGGCCUGCGUGUUCCCAGGUGUACCAGACAUGUUUUUAGUCUCUGCGCCUGAGUACAAUAGCCAAGAGGCUUGUCUUCUUCAUGGACGCAGUGCUGCUCCUGAAUGUGGGCCAGAUGGUGGUGAUGUGCAUCACCCCCCUCUUAUCGUUACCAGUGUUCCUCUUUUGUAUUCCCAAGGGGAGAUUAACUCCCAGGACACUUCCUUCAUUGCACACCCAUCGACACUGACACAGGGGAAGGUGGCUGGAAUGGGCUGUCCUCCUCUGUCUUCGGUGAAACCUUGCAGUAGCAUGGUAAACUCUGACCAGCUUACAUGCAGAGCUGUGCUGGAGGGGGCUGUGAAGGAGCAGCUCUCCAGGCAGGCAGGUCUGCAGAGCCGAGCUAAGAGUCUGCAGAGGAGACUACAAGCUCUGCUAGGAGAUCACGCUUUGCUACACUGUAGUCAGCAGCUAGAGGGGCUGACAAGGUGCUGUCAACAUGGAGGUGUCUCUCUGGACAACUCGGACUCCAUACAUUCUGGUAUACUACCUCCACAAGUGGGAAGUGAACCUAAUUGUUCUUUGCCAGAGUCGUCCACAGCCUCAUCUUUCUUUUCGGAGCUCACAGAGUUCAGCCGCUCCAGCCAGGUGGUGCUGAGAGGCCUGCAGGAGGCUUUGGACUCUGAGGCCACAGCCAGCAGCAGCUCAGACGAGGAACAAGAGGAGGUUCAUGGCAAAACCAAGACUUCACCUGUUAGCAGCAGCUGUGAGAGGCGGUGGCUGGAAGAGAGAGCAGAGCUGGGCAGCAGAUGGAGUUGGUUGCAGCUGCGUCUGGCCGAGCUGGAGGGAAGGAUACAACAACUGGUGGAGGUCCACAAGCACAUCCGCUCUACCAAGGGCGGUGUGGUGCUUGCUGAGUCCCAGCCACUGACAGACAGACAGAUUCAGCAGACCCUGCUGAGAGAAAUGGCAGGGUUAUCCUGCACAGCCUCUGAUGCUGACACUGAGCCCUGCAGCCCCACACGCCUUCUGCACAACAUAGAGAGACAGAGUGCUCAGCUCAGCGAGAUUGUCAACAGUCUGAUGCCACCUCUCAGUCUUUCACCGCUAUCUAAACAACCUCACAGCUGGGAAGGCAAGAGAGCCUUCACAAGUGGUCAGAAAGGAGACAAUGUUUUUGUGCCUGGGAGCUCUAAGAGAAGCAGACUGGGGACCAGGAAGCUCCUCAAAGCUGAUGUGUCAUGCGUGUGUGCCCGGACUAGACCCCUGGUCACCUACCACAAGCCUAAACUGUUUGCUUUCAAUGCCUGCAGCCCCAGCAGUCCACAGGAUUCCGGGAAGUCAAUGUCUACCCUCUCCUCUUCUCUCGCAUCAUCUACCUGUUCGUGUUGUUCAUCUUGUGAUCCCGUAGUCUUGUGCUCGGAUCCAGAUUGCAGCUCCAGUACGGUCCUGUCCACCAGCUCGAUACCUCACCCUAUGUUGUCUCUUUCAUUUGACACUCCUGUGUCCCACCACUUACAGAGGGUCCAGGCCAGAGAAGAAUGGUCCCAAAGGCCUUUGGUUAUCAAUGUCCAACCAUCCAGCCCAGCCCACCACAACAGACGCAGCUCCACACCAUUACACAACAGUCACAAACUCAAGCAGCAUGCAAGGCGUCAAAAGAGCAGAGUUAUGGGUCUGUCACCUAUCAGGAUGGCAGGUUCUACUCAGAGUCAACACAGGAGAGCCAAUCAGAGGAAAAGGAAGAGAAGACACAUCCACAGGCUGAUACAAGAUGAAGAAGAUGUUAUGGACGAGCUCUUUGACCCAGACACUUCAGAUGAAGUGCUGGAGGAGAGCUACACACAGGUUUCAAGCAAGCAGGCCUCACAGGGCUUUGUUCGCAAACGCAGAGGAGAAAGUGUGUACAACAUCAACAACAUUGUCAUCCCCAUGUCUCUGGCUAAAGUGGAAAAGCUGCAGUACAAAGACAUCCUCACACCCAGUUGGCGGGUGGUUGACACCUCUUCUCUGAUGUACAGUGAGGCAGAGAAGGAGGAGGACAAUGAGAAGGGGCAGGAGGAGGAUCUCACUGACAAAGUCUUUGCCCAGAGACACUUGGCCUUUGAACAGAGAGAGAAGUUGCGCUGGCCAUCAUGGGGGAAAAGAAAAUGCUGCAGGCAUCCUAAAAGAUCUGGCAGCAGGCUGUCAGGCAGUGGGGGCGGGAUGUGCACAUCAGGAGAGGAGAGCUCUGUGGAGUUGAGCUGUGCUCAGCUGGAUACUGAUGAGCAGCAAAGCUCAGAGGAGUGGCUGCCUCAGACACCCUGGGAGCCAAGAGUGUUUCCUUUGGGCGAGGACGAGGAAUACGCCCUGCUCUCUGAUAACGUGGAAAAAGUCCCAUUAGGCUGGACAGGGUGUAGCUCAGCCUCCUCUACAUCAAAGAACUCCAACUCCCAUCGGUCCCCAGCUCAGUCCUCUGGUGCUACUGUGACAUCUGGUGGACAAAGCCAGAGCACAACACACAACGGCAGCUGAGAGAGCAGUGCCUUUCUUUUGCAUAUCUUGGCUGGGACCAUGAGGAGAAAAUAUGCUGUGGGAAUAUUAAUUUGAAAAAGUAAUACAUUGUCAACAGUGAUAUUUGUGUUAUUUUCUUUAUACUUUGAAGCAAAAGUUAUUUGUAUGUGUGUUUUGUGAAUAUUGUAGCAUGUGUCACCAUAGUUUGAAAUGACUACUGUAGCUUCUGCUACACAUUCAGGUUUUAAUGUACAAGAGGUACUGUAUGUAAAAAAAAAAAGUACCAGCACAGUCCCACUGUAGUCUCAGGUUUGUGUACUAUUUGUAGUUGUCACUUACUAUUUAUAUUCACAGGUGUCUUAAA